AUGCCGAAGAGAAAGUUAUGGGAUCCUCAAGCAAUGAAAAAAGCCAUAGAAGCGGUCCGAACUAAAGAAAUGGGGUAUAAAAAGGCAGUUAAGUUAUUUAAUGUGCCAAGAGCUACUUUAAAAGAUUAUGUCAAAAAGUCUGAUAAAUCUGUUGAUGAUAUAGUUUCUGGAAAAAUGGAAAGAAAACCGAUUUUGCCAGUUGAAUUAGAAGAGGAGUUGGUAAACUAUUGCCUACAAAUGGAAAAGAAUUACUAUGGUGUCGCCGCUUCGGACUUAAAACGUAUGGCUUUUCAAUUGGCUAUUAGAAAUAACAUUCCACAUCCAUUUUCACACACUAAAAAGAAAGCAGGUAAAAAAUGGAUGAAGUUAUUUAUGGCUCGCCAUCCCAAUUUGUCGUUUCGUCAACCACAAUCGUUAUCACGCGCUCGCGUGCAAGGUUUUACUGCUGAAAAUGUUAAAUCUUUUUUUGAUAUACUGAAACCUGAAUUAGAAAAGAUUAAUUUCAACCCCAAUAAAAUAUUUAAUGUCGACGAAACAGGGAUCAGCAUAGUUCAGCAUAAAGUAAGAAAAAUCUUAACGGCAAAAGGUAAGAAAGCAGUUCACAAAUUAUCUUCUGCUGAAAGGGGAGCUUUGAUAACAAUUGUGACUUGUAUGUCAGCUUCUGGUCAAUUCAUUCCUCCAUUAAUGGUGUUUCCUAGAAAAAACAUGAAGGCUGAACUACUUGACGGAGCACCUCCAGGCACCAUAGGUGGAUGUCAUCCUUCGGGAUGGAUCCAGCCUGAGUUAUUCACAAAAUGGCUAAGACAUUUUGUGUCCAUAGUAAAACCAUCAAAAGAAGACCCUGUUUUGCUGAUAUUGGAUGGUCACUACAGCCACACAAGAAAUUUAGACGUGAUUGACAUUGGACGUGACAAUGGCAUAUCCAUAGUCUGCCUGCCUCCUCAUUCAACUAAUCAUAUGCAGCCUUUGGAUGUUUCAUUCAUGUUUCCCUUAAAAACAUUUUAUGCCCAAGAAGUAGAAAAUUGGUUAACAAAUCAUCCAGGGCGCAUUGUUACUCAAUACCAACUUGGAGAAAUAUUUGGAAAAGCUUAUGCAAAAGCAUGCCAAAUUGAUACAGCUGUAAAUGGCUUCCGAAAGACAGGGAUAUUUCCACUCAAUGAAAAUAUUUUCGUAGACUCACCAAAUGCUCCUCUUUCAACAAAUUCAAACAGCGCAACAUCUAUUGUGAAUGACUCCUCCGUUUCUUUGGAACCCACAACGUCUAGACCAAGAACACUAACGGCAUCACCUAGGUUAAGCACUCCUUCCUCCCCGUAUAUAGUUCCAGCUGACAUACAACCUGUUCCAGUUGUUGAGCCUCCUUCUACUACAACUAGACGAGGCAAAGCCAUGGUCGUUACGGCUUCACCUCAUAAACAGGAAAUAAUAGAUGCAGAAAAGAAAAAACAACAAAAAGAUGAAAGAAAAGCAGCCAAAAAAAGGGUUAGAAAUUUAAGUAAAAUGACGACAGGAAGAAAGAAAACAAAUAAGCGACGUAAGAAUCAAUCUUCUGACGAGGACACGUCUGAUGAGGACCCUCCAAUUUUAGUUUCUACUGACGAAGAAGAUAGUGACAACGAUGACGCUGAAUGCCCAGUAUGUCAGAAAAGGUUUUCUCAAGAUAUACAUGGAGAGAAAUGGAUAAGAUGCACAAAAUGUUUCCAAUGGAUGCAUGAGGAUUGUGUUGAUAAUCCAGUAGUAAAUUUUAUUUGUGCAAUCUGUUUUGAGAAU